GGCAUGUGGGAGGGAUCAGCAAGCAGAACGAGGCAGAACCCUGAAUCCACCCCCCCUCCAGUUCCCCCAUUUCCACACUCUCUGUCCUGUUGACUAGAAAACAACAGUCUUCAGUUCUUCUCCUGGGUUCAGAUUGCUUUUACAAGAUCCAGCAUCGGAAGAAAAAGGAUUUUAGGUUGUGCUAACAUGGCAUCUCUGAAAACUCUGCUUUGGCUGGGAGUCUGUCUGUCGGCUUGGAUCAUCACUACUGCAGAUGAGAGUGUGUUCAAAGCAGAGAACGUCCGCUGGUUUUCUCUGGACUUUAAAACCAUCCUCCGCUGGACUACCAAACCAUCUGACCACAAAUACACAGCAUUGUACUCUAGUGAUGGCAAUAACUGGUUGGAUUGUCCACACUGCACCAAGGUGUCAGACUCAGAAUGUGAUCUGACCGCCGAGCUCAAACCCUUCGACAGGACCUACACCGCUAAAGUCCAAACAGAGCCUUUGAGCGAGGGCGAUGAAGAAGACCCAGAUGAGUUCCCUCACGCUGAUUCCCUGCCCUUCAACCCCUAUAGAGAGAGUAACAUCAGUGCUGCGGCUUUCACUGUGAAGGCUGUAGAUAAGAGCAGAGUAAACGUCAGCAUCACAGAUCCUCUGACCAGCAUCCAUGCAGGUGGGAAGCAGCUCAGCAUCAGAGACAUUCUCAAAAAGGACCUCAAGUAUAAGAUCAGCUACCACAAGUCUGGUAGCACAGGCAAGAGAGACAUCUUAUCAGACUCCAUCACAGCACUGGUGUCGAACCUGGAUGCAGGACAGAGUUACUGCUUCAUGGUGGCAGCUUUCAUCCCCUCUAGACCCAAAGCCACACAGCAGGGGGCCUGGAGCCCUCGGCAGUGUACACUUGGAGACAGAAACAGCCUUGAAGAGUUGAGUCUUGGAACAUGGGUCGGCAUAGCCUUUGUCCUGCUCACAGUCCUCAUCACCAUCGUCAUGGUGACAGUCCUCUGCUGCAGAUGCCGCCGACAGAGAAACACAUCUCAAUCAUCGGCACCAGUUUAGUGUGUGUGUGUGUGUGUGUGCGUGUGUGUGUGUGUGUGUGUGUGUGUGUGUGUGUGUGUGUGUGUGUGUGUGUGUGUGUGUG